AAACUUAGAGUAUUUGUAAAGUCUGCUUAAGGCUGGGUUCAGGCUCCCUCUCAAAUAUUCACUUGGGCAUUUGUUUGUAUCUAGAAAACUGCUUACAAUUUGAUAUAAUUUUGCUAUGGUUUGUCAGGGCAGGUAAGGGCAUUAAAUCGUCGUCAUAUGGAAAGCAUCUUACUUGAAAUUAGUCACAAAAGGCGUCAAUGUGGUUUUCCAGCUUACGCCACAAAAUUAAUUGUAGCUGAAUGAAAUCAUAAUGAAAAGAAAUUUCAAACUCUACGGACGACCAAUCUCCGUUAGCUUGACAAUGUUCCGGACAACUGUUGCUGUUGCCCUGAUGCUGUUUGAAAUGUUGACUGGCUUGUCAAUGGCAUGGACUCGCAUGGCAGAUAUGACGACAAGUCGCCUGGGCAUACCGAGAGGUUACCACGCCGAGCCGUUGUUCAAGCAGUUCGCAUCCGGAUAUUAUUAUAUACCGGAUGCGGCAUAUGUCACCUGGUUUACGGCCCUGCACGAUUGCCACAGCAUUGGCGGUCAUUUAAUAAGCCUGGCCAAAUUGCAAACUCUGCACGAGAUGAGUUUUCAUGUUAGAAAUGCGACGCACACGAAAAACUAUUGGCUGGAUCUCACGGAUCUCGCCCAAAAAGGCGACUACGUCUCCAUGUCCAGCGGCAUGAAGCCCAAUUAUGUGCAUUGGUGCGACGAUGCGGAGCCAAACAAUCUGAACAACUCGGCAAAUUGUGUGCAUGUCGAGAAUACGAAUGCGUCCAGGCCCUGCAUGAAAUCGGUCUCGUGUCAUUUCUUUCGGAGCUAUAUUUGCCAAGCGCAUACUCCUAGAACACUCUCCAUAGUUGUUUUGUAAAUAAUUUUAUAUAUUAAGCAAAGGUUUUUGUUUUUUUAUGACUAAU